UAAACGCAUUCGUUUACGCGGAAAAUAUAUUCAGAUAUCAUUCGGCUUCCGUCUGUUGACAAAAUGAUCUGAAAAGCUCGGGUCUCUUGAUAAAUACUGUGAAAAUCAAUUAAUCGCUCCGAAAGAAAGUGAAAAAAGACGAAAAAUGGAAAAACUCAAAAAGUUCCUCCGAACGGUCCAUGAUUUCACCAAUCCAACGGAUGUAUUUGUCGCCCAACGACCAUUGUUUCUGAUGAGCUUUUUGGUUGGCAUAUUGCCAUUGAAUCUGACUGGCCGGGAAGGUAAGCGACGCCUUGAAGUGACCGUGUUCGGAUUUAUAAUCACCGGAAUGUAUGGCCUGGUCUUUGCCGUUUGUUACAUUAUCACACUGAUUCGACACAACAGUUUGACGGGAUAUUUCUUCCAAUCGGACAUUGCUAACAUUGGCAACACAUUAACACUGUGUACGGCUUUUAUGACUCUGACCGUGACGUUCUUGUCGUGCAUCAUUCGUCGUUUCAAGUUGAUUGCCGUGUACAAUAUGUUGGCGAAAAUCGAUGGAAAAUUGAAGGAUCUGGGCAUGGAAAUUGACUACAAAAGUACGUUGAUAUUCAUUGGCGUAUCUGUUCUAACGUUUGUCCUGAUUUACGGCUUUUAUUUGGGUGGAAGCUUUUGGCUGUUAAUAUCAUCCAACGUUUUUCCGAAUUUUACGGUUUGGAUGACCUUUUUCCUACCGCAUGCGAUGACAUCAAUGGUCGCAAUUAUGUUCAUGUGCAUUGUUAAGCAGAUUCGGCACAGGAUUCGAUGUUUAAAUGUGAUUUUAAUGAACCUUUGCCAGAGCUACGUCAAUGGGAUCGCUUCCAAAGGAUCGAUUAACUACAUCAAGUCAAAGCGCCUAGUUGGAAUAAAUUCUAACUUUUCGUCCACCAACAAAGACAUACUGUAUGUACUGGAGGAGACGUGUCGGCUCCAUGAAGAUUUGUGUGAUACUUGCUUCAUUACGGAACAAUAUUUCGGCAUCCAAAUGCUAACCAUUGUAUGCAUAGCUUUCCUUGUCAUAGUCUUUAACAGUUACUAUGUUCUUGAAGUGGCUUUGGGCAACGGUCAGUACAAUAAGAAUAUUGGUGACAAGGAAUUCGUUGUGUUUUUCGUCUAUCAAAUGGGCAUGUACGUUCUGGCCGUGUUGGCUAUCGUUCAAAGUAGUCAUUCAGCAACGGCUGAGAAUGAAAAAUGUUCCAUUUUCGUGCACAAAUUGUUGAACAUUUUCUCGGAAAUUGAAGUGAAGGAGAAGUUGCUGCAGUUUUCGAUUCAAUUACUUCAUCGAAGGGUAAAAUUUACAGCCUUCGGAUUGUUUCCAUUGGAUCGAACAUUGAUUUUUACGAUCGUCGGAGCCACUACCACCUACCUCAUUAUCUUGGUGCAAUUUACAUUGAGUAAUUCGCUUAAAGCAAAUAUUUAGUGAAUAAAACUUGUAAUUUAAUAGAA